CCCUGCAAGGAACGGUCUGAGAACAUUGAAAAUCAAAAAAUCGCAGGGAACGCUGGCGAAAAACGCGAAUAUCGAAACGUCCGUCGCCCCGCCCGCAAAAAAACGCGAAAUCUAACACCGAAACCGAAAUAGAAGAUAAUUUAGGGUAUAUUCCCUCGAAGCAACAGAAAAGCGGGCGAAAAAGGAUAAAAAUUCUGACUUUCAAGUGUGUCACAAUCGAACAAAGGCGAGAAGUCGGAUUACGGAUUACAUAGAACUUUAUAUACAUUUGUAUACGUGUAUAUAGAUUACAUAUAGGCUGAUAACGGGACUUCAUUUACCCUUUAUCCUUGGCGGCUCGGCCUUUCUUGUUAUUGUAUUAUUAUAAUUCUCUUCAGGAUGUUGUCGCUGUCGUCGCCGCCGUGGCUCUUGCUCCUCGUCCUUUUCUUCUUUGCAAAUGGCUCGGCAACAGUGGUUUCCUUGGCGGAGAAUGUGACUCUGGCGACGUUACCAUCCACCUCGCCAAUUUCCGUAAGCUUUAGCACGACCUCCUCGGUGGUGGCGCCCAUUUCCACCGAAUUGGAGAAUCAAACAGCCAGCAGCAGCAGCAACCUUAAUACAAACAACGAAGCCAGCGAUGAGCAAACUGGCAAUAGCAACAGCAACACGAGCAGUCACAGCAGAAACAUCAGUGGCUUGCCCAGCAGCAACAGCAACAUUGACAAUGCCAACACCAACUCCAGUUCAGUUUCCUCUUUGAGUACAACGACAGCUGCCAUUUCUGGUGUAGAUCAGCAGGAGUCCCUCAUCCUGGCAACUCCCACCGCCCUGAAUGGCAGUGGUACACCCCCCGAGCAUCAGACAAUUGGUCAGGCACCGCCCACAAAGGGGGAACAGGAGGCCAUCCUGCGAGCUUUGGAUUGGCUCAAGGAGAAGAGGGCUUCGGACUACGGCUGGGGCAACGAUACCCAUGUGGUUAUACUGGCCAAGGAGCUGUCCGGCGGCCGAGAUCCCAACGAUAGUGUGGAUGGUCAUGUGCAGGUCAUCCAAGAGCUGGAGGAUACGCUAUCCGUGAAAGAAAUGGAGAUCGAGAUCCUGGCCAUGCUGGAUCGCCAUCAUACACUCCCAAAGCCCCUGGAUCUCGACAAGCUGGCCAGAUACGUCCUGGCCUUGGGUUCCCUGUGCAAGGACCCGAAGCACUUCCAUGGCCACGACCUGGUGGCCACACUGCAGCAUCAUGAGCCGGCCCAGGAUAUUGAGUUCGCACUGACUACUCUGUCGGCCUGCAGUUCGGCGGCCCAUGUACGGAAACGCCAGAUCCGACGGCUGCUGGACAUUGCCAGCGGAGUGACGGACCAGAGCGUUGAUGCCAUUGCAAUGGUGAUCCUAGCCUUGCGAUGCAUCGUCACCGAUCAUCGCCAUCGACAUCUGCAACACUUUGUCCGACGACCGGCGAGGGGACUGGCCAGUCUGCAGGAUCAGCGCGGCAGUUUCGGAUCGCUUAGGAGCACUGCACUCGCCAUGCAGGCUCUACAGGAUUUGGAGUACGAUCCGGCUGGACAUUGGAACCGCACAGCCGCCUCGCGCUACAUCCUGAGUCGCCAGCGAGCGGAUGGAGGAUGGAGCGAGGAACCGCUGCAGGAUGGCCAGGAACCCGACAUCGGUGUGGGCCUCACGGCGGACAUCAUCCUCGCUUUGGGCUGGAAGGGAUUGGGUGCAGUGCGUGCACUGCAGUGCGACCAUGUGAUACGCGAAAGCAGUGAUCCUACGGAAAACGGCGAGCCAAAGCUGGCGGUGCCCUUCGGACUUAGUUCCUCUGCAGAAGAGUCGGAUGCCAAGAACAUCUCCUACACGUACACACUUUGGGUGGGAUCCAAUGUGACCGAGUCCUUCUCCCUGUCACUCGUCUCACCCAAGAACACCAGCUUCUUUAAGGCCAUGACCCAAGCGGCCGAAAUGGAUCCCAGAUUUAUUUUCGAGGCGCGUGAAUGGCCCAAUGGUCACUAUGUGCACACCCUGUAUGGCAAAAAGGAGGAGCCUCGAGGGUAUCACUACUGGCUGCUUUAUCGAUUGCCAGAGUUGCCCGAUCCCAAUAAUACGCCCGGGAAUCAGCUUAUUGCGCCUGUUGGUGUGGACGAGCUAAUGGUCGAGGAUGGGGAGCACUAUCUUUACUGGUACAAGAAGCUCUAAGCACGCGGCCUUAGACGGAGCUGCAGUUUAACCCACUAAGCAAAGUCGAUAAACACCCGGUGCUAUUGGACUAUAUUUAUUAUAUAUAUGGCCAUAGCCACGUCUCACACACACACAACACACACGCAACAAGCAAAAAGGCACUUACACUCGCACAGGAAUAGCAGUAUGCUUCACAGUACAGCUAUUCCUGAGUAAGUGCAUAUAUAACUGCAUAAUAAUGGCGUAAUCAAAAAAAAAAAAAUAAACAAUAACAAAAAAAAACGGAAAAAAGAACACCCAAAACAAUACACAGAAAAUCACAAGAAAGAGUGAAAGAUCGGUGAAAGGAGGUAAACUGUGGAAGCCCAGAUUUCCAAGGGAUAACUAGGAUAUAACACCGUAAUAGUUAAUUGCUCUAGACCUCACAACUGAUCUCGAUUCGGAGCACCUCAGGCUAAUACUUAUGCAUAA